AUGCCAUCUUGGAAUUUCCUUCUGGGGAUUUUGCUGUAUCACACUCUCCAGGCAGCCCUGGCACAGCUACCUUCACAACCUGAGAGCUGCUCUGGCCAAAGCCAGAAAAUCUCCCUCAGCCACUCCUACAAGAUUGACAUCCCCAAGUCCUCUCAAAUCAAGGUGGAGCCGGAACCUCUUCCUCUCCAAGACGACAGCCACACGCUGGUGGUUGGCGGCGAAACAGACGAGGAGCAAAAUAUCAUAUUCAGGCACAACAUUCGGCUGCAGACACCCAAAGGGGACUGUGAAGUCUUAAGCCAGAUGAAGGCCUUGUUGGAAAGGAUGGAGAAGAUGGAGGUAGAAGUGAUACAUCUGAGGCAGGCCUGUAGUCCUCAGAGAUGCUGUGGGAGGAGUCAAGGUGUUUCUUCCUGCAGCGGCCAUGGCACUUUCAUCCAAGAGCUUUGUAGUUGCCGGUGUGACAAAGGCUGGGAAGGUGAGGACUGUUCCCGUGCUACCUGCCCAGAGAAUUGUAAUGGCAAUGGGAUCUGUAUCAAUGGGGUCUGCCAGUGCUACAAGGAAUUCAUCGGGGAUGACUGCUCUGAGAAGAGGUGCCCCAAUGAUUGCAGCGGCAAUGGAUACUGUGAUAGCGGCGAGUGUUACUGCGAGGAUGGCUUCAUUGGGCUUGACUGCUCCAAAGUGAUCGCUCCUUGGAAUGCACGGCUCCUGAAGUCCUCAGAGGACUCUCUGACCAUCGGCUGGGAUAGGAUUACAGAGGUGGAUUAUUACCUCGUCAGCUACUUUCCUGUUGGGCAUGAGGCCUCCGUGAAGCAAGUGCGAGUGCCCGAAGAUCAGCUUAGCUACGAGAUUUUAAAUCUUCAUUCUGGUACAAAGUAUGUCAUCACAAUUCACCAUGUGAAGAAGGGGGUUUCCAGUGACCCGGGCCUUCUGCAAGCCAGCACAGCUGUGGCCACCAUUGGUGCUAUUUGGGUGACGGAAACAACAGAGAAUUCACUGGAAGUAGAGUGGGAGAAUCCUGCAACGGAGGUGGAUUAUUACAAACUGAGAGUCAGUUCGUUGCUUGGACUAGGGGAGGAGAAGGAGGUGUUAGUCCCCAAAAGCAGUGACCCCAAGAGCAGGUACAUCAUCACAGGCCUGAUACCAGGAACACAGUACAAGAUCACAGUCGUAUCCGUGAAGAAUGAGAUCGAAGGGGAACCAUCCUCUGUAAAUGGCUGGACAGCCAAAGAAAUUGACAUCCCCAAAAAUCUAAUGACCGAGCGAGUAACAAAGGAUACAGCUACAAUCUCCUGGGAGAAGGUCCAAGCACUUGUAGAUAGAUAUUCAGCCCGAUGCACCUCUGUAGAUGGAGACACAAAAGAGGUGUCCGUAGGCACAGACAAGAGCAGCACCACCUUGACAGGUCUGCAUCCAGGCAAGGAGUAUGUCAUCUAUGUCUGGGCUGAGAAGGGAAACCAGCAAAGCCAGAAGGCAAAGACUAAAGCUGUGACAGAAAUUGACGGCCCGACUAACCUGGUAACCCACCAUGUAACAGAAGACACAGCCACCAUAUCUUGGCAUGGGUCCCAAGCGCCCAUAGAGAGAUAUAUCGUGACCUAUACUUCAGCUGAUGGGGACACCAAAGAGGUGUCUGUGGGGAAGGACAAGAGAACCACCACCUUAACGGGACUGAAGCCGGGCAUGGAAUACACCAUCUACAUCUGGGCUGUGAAGGGAGCCCAGCAAAGCCGGAAAGCAAGUGCAAAAGCUUUAACAGAAAUUGACGGCCCGACUAACCUGGUAACCCACCAUGUAACAGAAGACACAGCCACCAUAUCUUGGCAUGGGUCCCAAGCGCCCAUAGAGAGAUAUAUCGUGACCUAUACUUCAGCUGAUGGGGACACCAAAGAGGUGUCUGUGGGGAAGGACAAGAGAACCACCACCUUAACGGGACUGAAGCCGGGCAUGGAAUACACCAUCUACAUCUGGGCUGUGAAGGGAGCCCAGCAAAGCCGGAAAGCAAGCGCAAAAGCUUUAACAGAAAUCGAUAGCCCCACGAGCCUGAGGACAGACCAAGCAACUGAGAACUCAGCCACCAUCUCCUGGAAGAAGCCCUUGGCUGUCAUAGACCGAUACAUCCUGAGCUAUACCUCUGCUGAUGGAGAAACCAGAGAGCUCGCAAUUGGGAAGGAUAAGACCAGCACCACAUUGACUGGGCUAAAGCCAGGCAUGGAGUAUGUCAUCUACAUCUGGGCCGUGAAAGGAACCAAGUCAAGCAAGAGGACAAGCACAAAAGCAGUGACUGAAAUUGACCCUCCACGAAAUGUCCGUGUAUCAGAUGUGAUGCAAUCUAGUGCAGUGGUCACAUGGAUGCCACCUGAUGCCCAGAUUAAUGGGUAUCUCCUCACUUAUCAAGAGCCAGAUGGAACCAUCAGGGAAGUCCGGCUAGGUCCCAAUGAACAAAAGUUUGUGUUAGAAGGCCUUAGUCGGGGUACUAAAUACACCAUCUAUAUCACGGCCUUUAAGGGAGACCGCUGGAGCAGAAAAGCAGCCAUUACCUUUUCCACAGCCAAUUUACUCUAUCCCUACCCUGCCGACUGCAGCCAGACUCAACAAAACGGGCACUCCACAAGUGGUAUCUACACCAUUUAUCUCAACGGUGACCUUAACAGGCCCUUCCAAGUGUACUGCGACAUGACCACUGAUGGUGGUGGAUGGAUAGUGUUUCAGCGGCGAAAUACGGGGCAGUUGGAUUUCUUUAAACGCUGGAGGAAUUAUGCCGAAGGCUUCGGAGAUCCUAGAGCAGAAUUUUGGCUUGGCCUCGAAAAGCUUCAUGAAAUUACUAGCUCGGCCCCAUUUGAGCUGAGGGUGGAUUUGCAAACCCACAACGAUUCUGCCUACGCCACCUAUGACCUCUUCCGGGUGGGGUCAAGCAGGGAGAGGUACCGACUCUCAGUAGGAAAAUAUAGAGGCACUGCCGGGGACGCUAUGACUUACCACAACGAGAGGAGAUUUACCACCUGGGACAGAGACAAUGACAUUGCCAUCAGCAACUGUGCAAUCACACACCACGGGGGCUGGUGGUACAAGAACUGCCAUUUGGCGAACCUCAAUGGUAAAUAUGGAGAAGACAAACACAGCGAGGGAGUUAAUUGGGAGCCAUGGACAGGCCAUUUAUAUUCUAUCCCUCGCACUGAGAUGAAGAUACGUCCACGGUCACAUAGCUUUGACCCAGUCCUGGGCAGGCGGAGGAGAUCUCUGGCAGAGACGAGGAAGGCUCUGAGCAUUUAA